UAUACUCUGGGUUGAUGCGGCUCACAGACAACAAACUGAUAUGAUUUGCAUUUAUAUCUUUCACUGAAUAUCUUCAUUAAAUCAUUUCUUACUGGAAUCAACAGCAUUAUGAAGAACAUCUUUAAAAUCGUUAUUUUCUUACACGUGUGCGGUGUGUUUGGUUAUGAAGAUUAUGUACCUGUAGAGUCAGUGACAGUGUAUGAGGGUGAAUCUGUUACUCUACACACUUAUACUGUAAUAACAAGUGACAGGGAAAUGAGAGCGAUACGUUGGAAUUUUAAAACAAAAGACUCUGACUAUUGUCUCGCUUCAACAUUUAAAAUGUUUUCAGAAAGUGUUCAUAGUAGUUUCAAAGACAGACUGCAGAUAUUAAAUAGGACUGGAGAUCUCACCAUCAAGAACAUGAGGGUCAAACACACUGGACUCUAUGAAGCAGAGAUCAGAGUCUUUGGGAGGAUUUACAAGAGAUUCAAUGUUAUUGUCAAAGAGUCUCCUCGUGUUAUUAAAUCUGCAAGUGAUGUGACAGUAUCGGUUACUGAGGGUGAAUCUGUUACUCUACAAACUGAUGUACAAAUACAGAAAGAUGAUCUGAUACUGUGGAGGUUUGGACCUGAUGGUGUUCUCAUAGCUAAAGGUGAUAUGGUGGACAAUAGGAUCUCAUAUAUAGAUGCUGAUGGGAGAUUCAGAGACAGACUGAUGCUAGACGAACAGACUGGAAAUCUCACCAUUACAAACAUCACAAAUAAAGACAUUGGAGAAUAUCAGCUAAAGAUCAGCAGCAACGGCAGGGAGAUCUUUUACAAGACAUACAGUGUUUCUUUCAGGAGUCAGUGGGUUUUAAGUCCGUUAUUAGGUGUUGUAGGUGUUGGUGUUUCUCUUUUCCUGUUAAUUCCCGCCGCUGGUGUUGCUUUGAUGGUCCACUAUUGCUGCAAGAUCUCUAAAGUAAAGAGACAAAUGGAAAAGACAGUGAUGGAGGGAGAUUCAGUCACCCUAUACACUUAUCUUACUAAACUAAAGAGCGAUGAUGUGAUCAAGUGGAGAUUCAGAGAUCAAGAGAUCAUAGCUGAAAUCAAUAGAAAGAAAAACAAGAUUUCUACAUACGAUGGAGAUGAUGGAAGAUUUAGAAACAGACUGAGAAUAAACAACCGGACUGGAGAUCUCACCAUCACAAACAUCACAACCGAUCACUCAGGACUUUAUGAACUGAAGAUCAUCAGUUGUAAACGAGCAUCAUGGUCUCAGUUCAGUGUUAAUGUCACAGCAUGGGUGAGAGGACAUGAACCGUUGGCCGAUGUGAUGUCUCUGUUGAGUGGAGAUUCUGUAAAUUAUUAGUUGGCGACUGAUGAUCAUCUAAUAGAUCCUCAAUAGCAUAAUUGGUAUAUAUUUAAAAAAUGGCUGGGUUAUUUUUGACCCAUGUGGUGCAAAUAUUGGACAAAACACAGCACUAUAUUUAAAUUAAACUAACUGCUGGAUUAUUAUAACCCAUGGUUGCAUAACAACGACCCAACAUUGGGAAAUAUUUAAUCCAGGAUUGAGUAAUUUUUACCCGUGUUUUGUACAAUAUUUAUAUGGCAUGGGUCAAAAAUAACCAAAGCCAUUUUUUACCAAGCCAAUUACUUUACAGUCAUUUACAGGUGUGGAAAAUAUUUGUUUGCAGACUUUUGACUCCAUUUAGACUGGAUCUGCAUGAAGCACUGGCAUUAUACAAUGGGCAACAUUUUAUUUUUCCAAGAUGUCGUAACAUUGCAGUUGCAGAUAUUUAAAUUCCUGAAAGAUGAUAUUUCUUGGGUUAAAAUGUGUCAUUUUCUAUACAUAUUAACUUAAUAUUACAGGGGUUUUAAUUAUAGUAACUUUUCAUGUUGUGUUAGCUAACAUUUGCCUUGCGCUGCGUCCCAAACCGCCUACUUCCAUACUAUAUAAUAGGCAAAAAGUACGAGAAGUAGUGCUUUUCGCCUACUAUAUAGUAUGGAAGUAUGCGGUUUGCGACGCAGUGUUGAUAGUAGUUUAGCCAUUAUAAUGUUUCAGUCUGUGUGACACGUUUUAUUCUGUAAGUUUAUUUUAUUCUUGUUAAUAAUUUUCUUUUGUAAAUGUUGUGUAUAAAUCUGUUCCCAGAGCAAAUCUGAAGUGACUCAUACAAAA